AUGGAUGGGAGUCUCCAGGGUCUUGAAGCCGUAUCAAGACAAAAACAGUGGGGGCUGAGAGAUGAUUUGAGACAUGGUGUGUUUGGUGCUGAAACUAAUGAAACACAGUCAGUGUCAGUGACGGAGGGAGAUUCUGUUACUCUAAACACUGAUGUUACUGAAAUACAUGAAAACGAGGACAUACUGUGGACUUUUGGAACUGAAACGUCUCUCAUAGCUAGAAUAAAAAAAAACAAACAAAGCUCCCCCAUAUAUCCUGAUACUGAUGAGAGAUUCAGAGACAGACUGAAGCUGGACGAUCAAACUGGAUCUCUGACCAUCACAAACAUCACAACUGAACACGCUGGAGUUUAUCAACUACAGAUAAGUGGAGCAAGAUCAUCAAAAAAAACAUUGAGUGUUUCCGUCUAUACUCAGUUAUCUGUUCCUGUCAUCAGCAGUAACUCUUCAAACUGUUCUUCAUCAUCCUCAUCCUCAGAGCAGAAUUGUUCAUUGCUGUGUUCAGUGGUGAAUGUGGGUCAUGUGACUCUCUCCUGGUACAAAGGAAACAGUUUAUUGUCCAGCAUCAGUGUGUCUGAUCUCAGCAUCAGUCUCUCUCUACCUCUGGAGGUGGAAUAUCAGGAUAAAAACAGCUACAGCUGUGUGCUCAACAAUCCCAUCAGCAACCAGACUCAACAUCUGGACAUCACUCAGCUCUGUCACACAUGUUCAGGAAACACAGAAAAACUGACAGCAAAGGCAAGUGUUACCUACUGCUGUUAA